AUGAACAUAGUCCAAUCUGGACAAACUCCUCACAUAACCACACCCUCAUCAAAACUAACCGCACUAUCACCAGGACUCCUAUUCCUCGGUAUGCCAUAUGGUACCGACGCCAUACAAUUCAAUGCCCAUAGAAUCUAUGGGUCCAUCCGUCUAGCCAUGAUGUUCUACGGUUUCGAAUGGCUGGCAACGUAUUCCGGAGAGAAUUCUGAAUCAUUUGACCUCAAUUCCGCACGACUACAUUUCAAAGGAGUUUUCGGACUGACACAGUACACCAUGGUACUCAGGAAACUUUGA